AUGGUUUACCGCAUCAUAGUGCUAGCGCCACGGAAGGCCGGUGUCACCCACGAGGACUUCAAGGCCCGAUACGAGCAGCACAUGCACCUAGUGGAGGACAUUUGUGGCCGUGACUUGAUGCCUCUCCGCCACACGAGGUCGUACAUACGUCAUGACGUACCGGGCGAUAAGCCUGUCCUACUUGCUGGCAGAGCUGAGGACGUGCGAUGCGACGCAGUCGUGAAUAUUGACUUUGAAGACGAGGCCGCAUUCCAGCGAUUCAUUGGCGCUUUGUCGACAGAGGACGCUAGAGCGAGGAUUGAUGCAGACGAGGCAGGAUUCUGGGACCGAACCGGGAUGAAGGUCGUGGUCGUUGAAGGCAUCGAGGAGACACAGAAAUAA